AUGGCCAUCGCAAGGCCGGUUCGCGCCCUAGGGCUAGCCGCCAUCGUGGUGUUCUGUUUCUGUGUAUAUACCGUUUUCCGACCUGGCAUAGACCUGAAGUCCUCGGCCGACUUCAAGGGCACUAUCGAAAGGGAUCCCAACCUAGACCUCACAGGAGAACCUGAUGGCGUCCUUGUACGUGCGACAGAAGGCUACGAACCCGGCAAUGCCGGCACCGCUCGAAUCCCCGCCACCCUCCUAGCACUCGUGCGAAACGAAGAAAUCGACGGAAUGCUGCAAUCGAUGCAUGACCUGGAGCGGACGUGGAACAACAAGUUCAACUACCCCUGGACCUUCUUCAAUGACGUGCCCUUCACCGAGGAAUUCAAGCGCAAGACGAAAGCUGCAACAAAUGCGGAAUGCAGAUACGAGGUUAUUCCAAACGAGCAUUGGGAUACCCCCUCAUGGAUCAACAAUGACCUCUACGAAGAAUCAGUCAAGAUAUUGGAGGAGAACGGUAUCCAAUAUGCGGAUAAAAUAUCAUACCACAAGAUGUGUCGCUGGAACAGUGGGCUUUUCUACAAACACCCGGCCCUGAAAGACAUACAGUUCUACUGGCGCGUUGAACCGAAGGUGCACUUCUUUUGCGACGUCGAUUACGAUGUGUUCCGGUACAUGCAAGACAACAACAAGACUUACGGCUUUACCAUCACCCUCUACGACGCUCCGAAAUCGAUACCUACGCUAUGGCCCGAGACGACCAAGUUCGUGUCCCAGCACCCCGAAUACCUACACGAGAACCGGGCAGAGGGCUGGGUGACGGACAGAACCCGCCGACCCAUCCACAAUGAGCAAGCGAACGGCUAUUCGACCUGCCACUUCUGGACCAACUUCGAGAUUGCAGACAUGAAUUUCUGGCGAAGCCAAGCAUACGAGGAUUACUUCAACCAUCUGGACCGUGCCGGGGGCUUCUUCUACGAAAGAUGGGGUGAUGCGCCGGUGCACAGCAUUGCCCUCGGCCUGUUUGAGGACAAGAGCAAGAUCCACUGGUUCCGCGACAUCGGAUACCAGCACAUCCCGUUCUUCAACUGCCCCAACUCGCCCAAAUGCAGAGGCUGCGUGACGGGACGUUUGACCGAUGGCGAAGCUUGGUUGAAUAAGGAGGACUGCCGGCCGAACUGGUUCAAAUAUGCGCAUAUGGGUUGA